AUGUCCAGCUCGUCGUCAAUUCCGUCGUCCCAUGGACAGGCUGAAGCAUCGUCGAGGCGCACAUUCAACGGGAAGCAGCCGGUCGUGGAGGACGACGACAGCGAUGAAGAGGCGCUGCUGGCGGACGAUCCACUAGAACGCGACCUACCUGAGCAGCUGUCUUUCAAGCGCAGGCCCAAGCCGCCUGCAUCCUCCUUCGGCUUCUCGCGAUACCUCGCCUCACCUCUCGGAUCAGCUAGCAACCGCGCUUCGCCCCAGCCACCAUCGCACCGCCCGAACGGCUCCACCGAGCUUAUACUCAACUAUCUCGACACGCCUGGCAACGCAGGCGAACACCUCCAAGACACCAAAGAUGCAAACGGCCUGGACUGGUAUGUCGAAGGGCCCGGGCGACGAGUCGGCUACGACGACCUUACCGCAAUCGACUGGAUCUUCGAAUACGCCAAAGAACGACAGAGGCUGCGCUAUCUCUACACCGGCGCCAGCGGCGUACUUGGCCACCUCAAGCAGUUGGCAGACGCAAGCCAGGUCUGGAUCAUCCUGGUCGCUGCUGGUAUACUGAGCGGCGGCAUCGCAGCCUUCAUCGAUGUGGCUAGUGACUGGCUUGCGGACCUCAAGACGGGAUACUGCCACAAUGUUGAUGGAGACGGUCGCUUCUACCUGAACAAGAGCUUCUGUUGUUGGGGGAUCGAGGAAGAGCAGGCCUGUCAUGACUGGAACUCCUGGGGCGCUGCUAUGGGUAUUCGGAGUGUGGGAGGGCGGUAUGUUGUCGAGUACGUCUUCUUCGUGCUCUUCUCCGUGCUCUUUGCAGCAUGCGCCAGUCUUCUGGUGCGCGAGUUCUCGCCGUACGCGAAGCAUAGUGGCAUACCCGAGAUCAAGACGGUCCUGGGCGGCUUCGUUAUCCGACACUUUCUGGGCGGAUGGACACUUGUCACAAAAACGGUUGGCUUGUGCUUCGCAGUCGCGUCAGGCUUGUGGCUAGGCAAGGAGGGUCCGCUGGUACACGUCGCAUGCUGCUCUGCGAACCUUUUCAUGAAACUCUUUGGUAAUGUGAACGGCAAUGAAGCACGGAAACGAGAAGUGUUCUCCGCAGCGGCUGCAGCGGGUAUCUCGGUCGCUUUCGGUGCGCCCAUUGGUGGCGUGUUAUUCAGUCUUGAGCAACUCUCAUAUUACUUUCCGGAUAAAACUAUGUGGAGCAGCUUUGUCUGCGCCAUGGUCGCUGCUGUCACCCUGCAGGCUUGCAAUCCAUUCCACACCGGAAAACUCGUGUUGUACCAAGUCACGUAUCAUAGCGGAUGGCAUGACUUCGAGUUGGUCCCUUUCGCAUUCCUUGGAAUCUUGGGCGGGCUCUUUGGGGGCUUCUUCAUCAAGCUCAACAUGGGCGUUGCUGAGUGGCGCAAGAACCGACAGUAUCUCAAAGGUCCCGUGACAGAGGUUGUCAUCGUAUCUUUCGUCACAGCACUCAUCAACUUCCCCAUCAAAUUCAUGCGCGCUCAAGCGUCCGAACUCGUACACAUCUUAUUUGCCGAAUGCGCCGACCUCGCCGAGGAUACGCUGGGCCUAUGUAAAUCUGGCAAAGCAAACACAGGAGUUAUUGCACUCUUACUCAUCUCCUCAGGACUGGGCAUAAUACUUUCGGGCUUCACUUUCGGCCUGCAGAUACCUGCUGGAAUUAUCCUCCCUUCUAUGGCCAUCGGAGGACUCUUUGGCCGUGCUGUGGGACUUUCUGUCGAAGUUGUUCAGGCGGCCUGGCCAACGCUUUUCGUUUUCAAAUCGUGCGAACCAGACGUACCCUGUGUAACCCCAGGCACGUACGCUAUCGUCGGUGCCGCAUCCGCACUUGCCGGAACGACACGUAUGACAGUUUCAAUUGUAGUCAUCAUGUUCGAACUUACCGGAGCGCUCACCUAUGUCCUGCCUAUCAUGAUUGCGGUCAUGAUAAGUAAAUGGAUUGGCGACGCAAUCUCCCCACGUGGUAUCUAUGAGUCCUGGAUACACUUCAAAGGCUAUCCUUUUCUUGACAACCGCGAAGACAACGGUUCCAGCAUCCCAGAUGUUGGCGCAGGUUAUGUAAUGACGCGCAUCGAAGACUUGACUGCGAUUACUGCGACUGGCCAUACUAUCGGAUCGCUGCGCCAGCUUCUAUCUCAACACAGAUUUCGUGGCUUUCCUAUCAUAGACAAUAGCCGCGAUGCACUUCUCCUCGGUUACAUCUCCAGGACCGAAUUGCAGUACGCACUCCAACUUGCCUUGACGCCUGCCCGGACCUUGGCCGCCGAAACAGAAGCGUACUUUUCUCACCAACCGCUCUCUGAUCCUGCAACAUCACUGGACCUUCGGCCUUGGAUGGAUCAAACACCCAUCACACUCAACGCUAGAGCCAGCUUUCAGCUUACAGUGUCCAUGUUCCAAAAGCUUGGGCUACGCUAUGUUUUGUUUACGGACCGAGGUAUGCUGAAAGGCUUGCUUACCAAAAAAGACGUGUGGUACGUAAUGAACGGUGUUGAUGAAGAGCGCGAAGAAGGUGGUGCAGGGGUGGGGGGGAGAGGAGGUCUUAGGCAGGAGAGUGAUGACGACGAAGAGAGCGAAGAAAGAGGGUUACUCGGUACGCCAGAAGAGGAACACGACGACUUCAUUGGCGCGCACGAUAGAUAG